AUGCCAGUACCAUAUCAAGACUUUUUUUAUUUAAGGGUAAAUUCUAUUCUCAUUUGGACUCACAUUUUAAAGUUUUGUUUUUCUUUCAUUCUUCCAUACAGGAUAGGAAACUGCCUCACAAAAGAUGCAAAAUCAGCGCUGAAAUUACUAGUUGGUAAUUCAGAGAUGCCUGCCAGUGAGCAGGAAUCAAACCAAGACACAGGCCCUUCCUCAGGACAUCCUGGACAACAGGACAGACCUUCAUUUACUCAAUUCUUACCAAAGGUGCUUCAGACAAUCAUUACCAACUUCAUCAACAGGUUAAAAGAUCUCCGUAAGCAUACGCUGUGCCUUCAUGAAUCUAGCUGUGUCUAUUACUCCAUUGAGGCUUUCUUGAGGAGAUUUUUCCUAGGCUAUACAAUCCAGGGGUUUAUCAAUGUCCUCAGGUCUUUAUCCAGUGCCUUCAGCAAUCCUUCUAACAUCCCAAAGGCACUGUAUCACAAAGAUAACUUCUCCCUAGGUCUCUUCUUAGGUUUCUACUCAGGUCUAUUCAGGAGUGUCAACUGUCUCUUGCGAUGGUUACGGAACAAAGACAGUCCCAUACAUGGUCUGCUAGCAGGUUUCAUAGCUGGACUAUCAACCAUCUUCUAUAGAAGCAAAACACUUUCACUCUAUGUAUUAUCAAAGGCUGCUGAGAACAUAUUCUUCAAACUUCAGGACUUGAAGUAUCUUCCCAUCAUUCCUCAUGGUGAUUCCAUUCUCUAUGCACUUAGUACAUCCAUCGUCCUGCAGGCUGCCGUGUUUGAGCCUCAUCAAAUUAGACCGGCUUACUGGAAGUUCCUUCUUGGUCUAACAGGAAACAAAUUUGCCCAGAUGAACCGUAAGCUGCUGGACGUUUCCGGAUCGCAAGCCUCUAAACUCGAUCCUGAUUACUGGCCCAAAUAUGAUACAAGAUUCACACCAAACCUCCUGGCUGCUGGUCUAGUGUGAGCCUCUCAAUCUGCAGCUUAAUUUCAG